AUGGCUUCUACCACUUCAGGCACGGCGGCAGCCGGUGCCGAACCUUUCGACAUUGUCGCGACUUACAAUGAGCUCCUCCGCUCCGACCCCGACCUUACGAUGCCUAUCGCAGCCAUUGAAGCUCUGGUCCUACUUCUCACACAGUCUGUCUCUUCUACGAUAUCAGAAACCAUGGAUCUGCUCGAGAAGUCCACCACCCACCUCAAAAAAUCCAUUCCCAACCCCAUCGGUCUCUCCGCCGGAACCGAUCUCUUCCAGCGAUACCUGAUCACCACACUACAGCGCCCUGGUCUAUUGGGACCCGCGGGUGACUUCAAGGCUAUCCGCACCCAUCUUUUGACGAAUGGACGUUUGUUCAUUCGCCGUGCGAAGGAAAGCCGACACAAGAUCGCAGAAUUCGGACGUGGUUUCAUUCGCGACGGUUGCACUAUCCUCACAAACGGUGGCUCUCGAGUUGUCGCCGCACUCCUUCAGCAAGCGGCAGAUGAGGAAGGUGGACCUUCUGCGGUGCGAUUCCGAGUUAUCUAUGUUUUAUCCUCAACUGCCAAGGACUGCGAUCAUCCCAAUGAAGAGCCAGAGGGUAUGGAGACUGUACGAGCUCUGAGAGAGAAGGGUGUCCCAGUCUCAACGAUCCCCGAGUCUGCCGUCGCAUACUCCCUCGGCAAGGCCGACAUGGUCAUUGUGGGUGCUGAGGGUGUGGUGGAGAAUGGAGGUAUCGUUUCUCGCAUGGGAACCUACCAGAUUGGAAUCCUUGCCAAAGCUAUCGGAAAGCCCUUCUACGUGGUUGCUGAGAGCCACAAGUUCGUUCGUCUGUACCCCCUCGGACAGUACGAUCUACCGAUCAAACAGCGCGUCAUCGAGUUCAAAUCCGAGGAAGAUAUCGCAGAGGAGAAUAAGCAAUCAUCCCCCACUGCAAGCACCAAUGGUGACAAUCAGAUUGAGCUACCGCUCUGUCACUCCGUUGAUUUCACUCCACCCCAUUUGAUCUCGGCCCUGAUCACGGACAGUGGUGUUCUGACACCCAGUGCAGUCAGUGAAGAGCUGAUUAAGAUCUGGUUCUGA